AUGGCCAGAAAUGGGAUAAAUACUCCACUGCAAAGGCCAACAUAUUCGUCUCCGUUGGCUGAGUAUAUCAGACAAACAGAAAACCCCAGAGGCUGGAAAAUACCAAAGUAUACUAAGUUCGGAGGAGAAAUAGGAGAAUCGACAGACGAGCACAUCACCAGAUAUCUGACUGAAUUAGGUGACAUGGCGAAUAAUGAGAGUCUCAGGGUGAAACAUUUUCCUUCAUUCGUCACUAAGGCGGCAUUUACAUGGUUCACCACGUUGCCUCCAAAUUCUGCUGACUCAUGGCCUAAAUUGGAAAAAAUUUUUCAUGAGCAGUUUUAUGAGGGACAUUCAAAAAUUAGUCUGUUCGAACUGUCGAACAUCAAAAGAAGGUUUGCAGAGACCAUUGAUGACUACCUAAAUAGGUUUAGGUCGCUUAAAGCGAAAUGUUUUACGCAUGUACCUGAACAUGAACUGGUUCAGAUGGCCGCAGGAGGUCUAGACUAUUCCAUUAGGAAAAUAAUAGACCCAACUUUUGUUAAAAGUAUGUCGCAGUUGGCUGAUAGGGUUCGACAUCUCGAACGCCUACGACUGGAAAAAGUCAGGCAUACUAAGGCUAAGGCUAAGAAAGAAAAAGUAGCCUAUGUCGACUACGACGACACAGACCCCAUAUAUGAGGCUGACUACAUCUCACCGACAGAGGCAGAAAUUAAUCUGGCUGAGAUGAAACCAGGGCCAGCGUACGAAUGUAAAUCACUGUUUCCAUCGAAAGCAAAGAAUGUCUCUUUCAACAACAAUUCGAAGUUUCCUGCGAAAACUUACACUUUUGAUAUUAGUAAAUGUGAGGAGAUUUUCGAUGUAUUAGUUAAAGAUGGUCAAAUUUUAGGACCUGGUCUAGAAAUCGCUGCAGGAGGCAAGUUGCUGCUGCCGCCAAACAGGCCGCAAAUGACCAAAUCUAUAAGAAGAAGCGUUAUGAAGUGGAGGUCGAUUCAGCAGUCAAAGCAUAUCAAAGAGUUUGUUGGAAAGUCUGCGACCAAAGAUCCUAAUGAGGCGACAGAUGACUUUGCUUCUGACUCAGGAAAGUCUCGACAUCCUGGUUAA